AUGCCAUCUGAGGAUGAAAGGGCCCUAUUAUUUAAUAAAUGUAAAGGGGGAUUUAGAUUCAAUGGUGAUGAAUUUAAAGAAGCUGAUUCUAAUGCAUUUGAGGUUGAUCGUAAUGACUGUAAAAUUAAAUUAAUAGACCAUACUUAUACAACCGUAAUAGAAUGUAGAAAUGAAUUGGAGAUUUUUUGCAGCACAAAUUUAAUAUUAGACGGAAAGUUUAAAGCUGGCUUGUCUUGGCUUUCUAUUUUUCUAGGGGUAUCACAUAAAACCGUUGAACAAAAACUUGUGAGUCUCGAAACAACUGUUAAAUACUCAUGUAAGAGGUCGAAAAGGGCAGAAGUCACAAUUCCUAAACCAAAUAUUAAGCCAACUGAUGCAUUUAUUAGAGAUGUAAGAACCGCAUUAAGUAAGGGUACAAAUGAUGAUAAAUUAAAUGCACUUCUGGAAUUAACAACAAUAUAUGGUAGCUUUUAUGCACGUCACCUUGUUUUGGGUAAAGCUGAAAUCAAUGAAAUAACUUUUGAGAAUAGUUCAAGUGAAAAUUUAAACGUAAAUGCAACUGAAGUUACAAGUGGAAUUGAAUCUAGUUCGCAUGUUAAUGGAAGUUUAAGUGAUACUUUUAGAACUGAAAAUAAUAUUAGGAACCAUCGUGGUAAUAAAUUUUCGAAAAGUAAAAGUCUAGUUAUUGGCAAUGAUAGUUUAGAAGAUUACGCUAAAUGGGAUAUAAUUGCAUAUGAUGAAAUUCAUCUGAUUUUUGAUCUUUUGGAUAAUGACUAUCCCGACUUACGGAAAGAAAUUUUAGAUAUUUUGGGCCAACGGAUAUUAUCAGCAGGCGUUAGUGACAUCAUUGAAUAUGAUUUUACAACACCAUUUACGUAUCCAUUGGAAACAAGACUAACAAAAAUAGAAGACAUCUACAAAUGUCACAUUUUUGCAUCAAUCAUGAAUGAGAUCGACAGAACUGCAUUAUCUUUGCGUGUUGAAUAUGAAGACGAAUAUACCCCCAUAAUCAUUGUUCAUCUAAUCCAACAUAAAAAAGAUAGAAAGAAUUUUUCACUAAGACGAAAAAAAUCUACAUUUUCAUUUAGACUUAGUUGGAUUAUUGUUGGCCAACCAAAGAAUUUCGAUUUUGAUUUUACAGAGUCUCCUUAUCCAGUAAUUCUUAGAAGUUAUGAACUCUCAAAUUUUAAAAUUGAAAAUAAUCGUAUACGAAUUCCCUUUGAUCAAAUUCCAAAACUUCAUGAACAAAAACUUAAAGAAACUUGUAUAUUAAGCACUUGUGUAUUAAAAUUACCUUCAGUAAAUGAAAAUUCAAGGCAAAUAAUUAUUGGAUCACAUGUUUCACUCUCUAUUCGUUCUGUUUGUUUGUUUGAUAAUGGUGAAAUGAAUUUAGAUGAAAAUAUUUUGCGAAAUUUAUCUUUAUAUUUUUGCACUGUUGAUGUAAACAAUUCUCACAAAACUUUCGAAUUUGGCCAAACAGAUGUUAAAUGGCGUCAGAGUAAUCAACAACCAAAUAUGUUUUAUGGAUGUGAGGAUCCGUGUGAUAAGAAUAUUUUUCCCGGAAAUGUAAAAAAUUUUUUAUCCUCCUUUUUGACGAGCUCCUACGAACAAGAAAAUCAAAUAAUAUUGGUGAACAAACUUAAUGAUUGUUCUACAAAUUGCGACCAUGGUUCAAUUAAUGUAAAUCUUAAUGAAGUCAUUUUUGGGUCAUUCAAACCAGAAUGCAAGAAGUGCAACAUUGUAAAAAUUGGAUAUAUGAAAGUUAACAGAAUUGUUGGUACUUCAAAAAAAGUUGAACUAUUGGCAGAUGAAUCGAACUUUGAUAAUAAUUUAGAAGAUAGAAAUGAAGUAGCAGUUACGUAA